AUGGCCUCAACACUUAUAUUUCUGACUUUGUUGCCAAUCUGUCUAGCGCAGUUUGAUCCCAAUGCCUUGAACCAGAAUUUCGGUAGCGGAGGGUUUGGUAGCACGGGAACAGGUACACCAAACGCCACUGGAACUUUUGAUCCAAAUGGUGCUAAUGCCGGAUUUGGUAUGAUCAACACAGGAACAAACACAACUGGAAACUUUGGGUCAGGGUUCGGAUCAGGCUCUGGAUUUGGAUCUGGUGGCACCGGGGGGUUUGGCGGUAGCGGGUUUGGCUCUGGUAGUACGGGAACAGGCAGCACUGGUGGCACAGGAACUGGCGGUUCAGGGUCCGGCACGUUCGAUCCUAACAAGUUUAUAAAUGGAGGUGGUACUUCUGGAACUUUUGAUCCAAAUGCCAUGAACAACUUCGGGCAAACACAAAAUAAUACAAUGGCAUUUGGAAAGCGAAGAUAAAAGAAUAAAUGUACUUUUAUUAUUCAAUUUUGUUUUGUUAUUACCAUAUGUAAAUUGUCACACUAUUCGUCUCAUAUGCGUACUUAUAGACCCUUUG